AAAGCAAAAAUAAAGAAACAAACAAAACAGUCAUGGCUUCAUAUCAUCACAUCAGUUUCUUUCCAAUCCUUCUUUCUUUUUCUUUAAUCGUCUCAACCUUCAACAUAGCCAUCGCUGCUUCAUCUUCGUCAUCAGCAUCAUCUUCUCCAUCCACCUCCGCUAAAACCCUAAACACCUACACAACUUUCAUUAAAGAUUACUGUAACUCCACCACAUACCCUAAAAAUUGUUAUAAGUUUCUCUCUCCUUAUGCCUCUGUGAUCAAAACAAGCCCUCUAAUUCUCACCAGAGCUUCUAUUUAUCUUGCCCUGAAACAAACCAGCAGGUCAUCGUAUGAUCUCAGAUCGCUGUCUUUGUUCAAGAAUCUCACUCACAAUGAAACCGUAGUGAUCAAGGACUGUCUCGAGAACGUUUAUAGUUCCCUUGAUAGGGUCAAGCAAUCUGCCGUCUCCGUCAAGAGCCUGAAAGGCGGCAACAGCUCCGACGAUGAGGCUUUCGAGUGGAGUAACAUAAAGACGUGGAUGAGUGCCGCCAUUACUGGUUAUACGACCUGCACUGAUGAAUUUGCAGAGAAGAAGUUAAGUGAUUCAUAUCAGAAGAUGAUCUCAAGCAGAGUCAUGAAAGCUCAUGACUUGGCUAGCAAUGCUCUCUCUGUCGUCAAUAAGUUCACCAACUAUUGAACUUGAAUCCUGAUCUUGUGAUACAGCUGAUUACAGGACUGAAAAGCUAAUGGGAAAGUAUCCUUGUGAUGUUUAUUUAUUAUUUUUGAUCAUAUAACUUGUGAUCAUUGUGGCUUCAUUGAGUUUUAUUUUGGUCUUCAUAAAUUAUGAAUUUGAAAUUAAGUACUUAUAUGUAGUUUUUCUUCAAGUUAAAACUUUGUCAAUAUCAUCACACAAAAAAAAAGCUCUCUCAAUAUCUUGCUUGGUGGAA